AUGGAAAAGCACUUCCUCAGAAGGUGGUUUCGUAAGAAGAAGAAAAGGGAAACGGUUGAUGGCAUCACUGAAAAGUGGAAGCUUCUAAGUGGCCAAAAUAACUGGGAGGGCUUGUUGGAUCCUCUAAACAUUGAUCUGCGGAGAUACAUUAUUCACUAUGGCGAAAUGGCACAAUCUACUUAUGACACAUUCAACACCGAGAAGUCUUCUAAAUUUGCAGGAGAUAGCCUGUAUGCAAAGAAAGAUUUCUUCUCCAAGGUGGGUUUAGAGAAUGGCAAUCCUUACAAGUACAACGUCACCAAAUUCUUGUAUGCAACAUCUGAAAUCCAGGUCCCUGAUGCAUUCAUCAUAAAGUCAUUGUCGAGGGAAGCCUGGAGCAACGAAUCAAACUGGAUGGGAUACGUUGCAGUGGCCACAGAUGAAGGAAAGGCAGUGCUGGGGAGAAGAGAUAUUGUGAUUGCCUGGAGAGGAACAGUUAAAACCUUAGAGUGGGUUGAUGAUUUCGAAUUUAAUUUAGUCUCUGCAGAUAAGAUUUUUGGUGAUGAUGAUAAUGUUCCCAAGGUGCACCAAGGUUGGUACUCUAUCUACACCUCUGAUGAUCCACGUUCUGACUUCAAUAAGAGCAGUGCCAGAUCCCAGGUACUUCAGGAAGUUAGCAGACUGGUGGAGCAGUUUAAGAACGAGGAAAUUAGCAUAACUAUUACUGGCCACAGCUUAGGUGCAGCAUUAGCCACACUGAACGCAGUUGACAUAGUUGCCAACAGGUACAACAGGCCGAAAGGCCAGCCAAAUAGAGCCUGUCUAGUCACAGCCAUUGUAUUUGCCAGUCCUUGCGUGGGUGACUCAAGAUUCAAGCAUGUGCUUUCUGGGUAUCAAGAUCUUCGAGCCUUACGUGUUAGUAAUAAUUUAGAUGUAGUUCCUAAGUAUCCACUAAUAGGCUAUGCUGCUGUUGGAAAAGAGUUGGCAAUUGAUACUACAAAAUCUUACUUCUUAAAGAGCCCUGGAAAUAUGUUAAGUUGGCAUAAUUUGGAGGGUUAUCUGCAUGGAGUGGCAGGAACACAAGGGAGCAAAGGAGGGUUUAAGCUGGAGGUCAAUCGUGAUAUUGCACUCGUUAACAAAUCAAGUGAUAGCUUAAAGGAUGAAUAUCUUGUGCCAGUUUCAUGGUGGAUUCUGAAGAAUAAAGGCAUGGUGCAACAGCCAGAUGGUUCUUGGAAGUUGAUGGAUCAUGAGGAUGAUGAAGACUGA